UGCGAAGCCAGCGGUUGGAAUCACUUGGCGGCCAACUGCGGGUCUUAUCGGUUGUUUCAGUCCCGACUUUGGGACUUGGAUCUUCUUCAUUAAAGUGCUAUCUGCUGGGAUUUGUGCUUUAAGGCCGUGUGGGUUCUGCUUGAUUUGGCCAAAAGGGUUACCCCGGAGUUCAGGAAACAACAACAACAUCUGAAGCCACUAACCACAUCCCUCAGUAGCCAUGAUAGAGCGUGAAAUUAUCCACACUACAACCGCUUCGAAGCGCAUUUUUGAUGUCCUGCAGGACAUACUUCAGUUUUUCAUUCUUUUCGUACGCAUCCUUCUGGAAUUGUUUGUCAAACUUGUGCAGGUUUUCCUGCCGAAACAUCUGAAGGAUGUUAGCGGAGAAGUUAUACUGAUCACAGGAACAGGACAUGGCAUUGGCCGGGAACUGGCGCUGCACUACGCCUCCUUGGGGAGCACUGUGAUUUGUGUGGACAUUGAUGAGAAGAACAAUCUUCAGACAGUCCAGAAAGCCAAACGACUUAAUCUCGGGGAUGUGUACAGUUUCAGAUGCGAUGUUUCCAAGCGGGAAGAGGUUAUGGCACUAGCGGAUCGGAUUAAGGCCGAGAUAGGACCCAUUUCGGUUUUGGUCAACAAUGUGGGCAUCAUGCCCACUCAUCCCAUCCUCCAGCAAUCGGCUGACGAAAUCCAGCGCGUCUUCGAUGUAAAUGUGUUCUCCCAGUUCUGGACCAUUCAGGCCUUCCUCUCCCACAUGCAGGAGAAGAAUCGUGGCCACAUUAUUUGCCUCUCCUCCAUAGCGGGCUUGGUGGGAAUCUCCAACUUGGUUCCUUACUGUGCUACUAAGUUUGCUGUGCGUGGACUGAUGGAGUCCCUCCACGCAGAGCUAAGGGAGGGACCGCACAGGGAUCUGAUCAAAACCACCACAAUAUUUCCGUACAUGACCAACACAGGCCUGUGCAAGCAUCCGAAGGUGAAGUUUCCCUCCAUCCUGGGACUGUUGGAUCCCAAGCAGGUGGCCAGGUGGAUUGUGGAGGCUCACCGCUCCGAUGUGAUGGAGGCGACCAUUCCCAGCUGCCUGCUGCAUAUCAACAACUGGACAAGGCUACUCCCAGACCACUGCGGAUUAAUGCUCAAGGACUACAUUGACAGCGGCGUGGAGUCGGACUUAAUUUAGUUUCCUUAAGUUACCUCAUCUCGUAGGUUUUGUUACAAAUAUUUUCAAGUAAAAUAAUAAUAAAAUGGAGUAUGUAAUAAAAAGAUUAAAAUCA